AUGAAUGUGUUACGGCGUUCUACUUGGCAAUCAUAUCCUCACUGGGCCCGCACAUUAUCUACGAAAGCAACAGACGGCCCUCUCGCUGGCAUCACCGUUGUCAGCCUGGAACAAGCAAUCUCAGCGCCGUUCUGCACCCGCCAACUCGCAGAUCUGGGGGCACGAGUCAUCAAAAUAGAACGUCCCGGGGUAGGCGAUUUUGCGCGCCACUAUGACAUCCGCGUCAACGGCCUCGCCUCGCACUUCGUAUGGACAAACCGGUCCAAAGAGAGCUUGGCUUUGGACGUCAAGAACCCUCGCGACCAUCGCGUGUUGAUGCUCCUACUGGGUCGCGCCGAUGUUCUAGUCCAGAACCUGGCUCCCGGCGCAAGCGCUCGGCUGGGAUUGUCCUACGAGGCCCUGAAAGCCAACCACCCAUCGCUAAUUGUGUGCAACAUCUCCGGCUACGGCCCUGAUGGUCCCUACCGCGACAAGAAAGCCUACGAUCUUCUGAUCCAAAGCGAAGCGGGGAUGCUCUCUGUCACAGGCACGGGCGCCAAACAGCCCGCCAAAGUCGGUAUCUCGAUCGCAGAUAUCGCAGCAGGCAGUUACGCAUACUCAAACGUCCUCGCUGCGUUGUUCCGUCGACAGCGCGAUCCCGAGAAGCGCGGGUGUAACCUCGACAUCUCCAUGUUAGAAAGUAUGGUCGAGUGGAUGGGGUUCCCGCUGUACUAUACGUAUGAGGGAGCGCCUGGCCCGACGCCUGUGGGUGCUGCGCAUGCUGCUAUUUAUCCGUAUGGACCAUUCGAGACGGGAGACGGAAAGAGUGUUAUGCUGGGGAUUCAGAAUGAGCGCGAAUGGACUAGUUUCUGCGAUAAGGUCUUGGGGCAGCUUGAACUCGCAAAAGAUGAGCGUUUUGUUAGUAACUCGCUACGGGUGCAGAAUCGCGAUGCGCUGAAGAGCAUUAUCUGUGAGGUGUUUGCGUUGCGGACUGCGGAAGAUGUCCUUGUACUUCUGGAUAAGGCAGCUAUCGCCAACGCAAGCGUGAAUGACAUGCAGGGUGUAUGGAACCAUCCGCAGCUACAGGCGAGACAGCGUUGGACGGAGGUGAAGACUCCAGCAGGUGUGGUUCCUACUUUGUUGCCACCGGGAAUGGGGACGGAUGCAGACGGAUUGAAUGCUCGGAUUGAAGCGGUGCCGGAUGUUGGAGAGCACAAUGAGGCUAUUCUGGCUGAGUUGGGGAUUGACUAG